UUAAAAUACCCCCCCCCCCCCCCUCCCCCCAUUUUGCAACAGUGUAUAAAACAUAAAUGUUUUAAAGCAUUAAUAAAACAAAUUGUGUGCACCAAUGUUAUAUGUAUAUGAAAUGUGGGUCAAUGUGGACUUUAAAUCUAUUGAAGCAGUCGAUAACACGUACUUAGGUAGUGUACACAGGGUCGAUCUCGUCACGUACAGGUAUUUAAAGCACGGGACUACACUGAUGGUCGAAAGAACAGGGAGGCCAUGUUGGAUUUACAGUGAACUACUCAUGUGACCCAGACACCAGACAUGCUGCACCCCCGGCGCAGUGCCCAGGACGUCCUACUGUGCGACGCCUGUGAAACUGCCCCCCUACAGAGUCACUGUGAACGUUGUAAUAUAAAUCUCUGUACUAACUGUGUAGGAAAACAUCUCUUGGAUUCGUCUAGAAAACACCGCGUCAUACCGUUCAUAGAGAAAAGUUCUACUCCUAACUACCCAAAAUGUCCAAGCCACCCCGACAAACAAUGUGAACUUUACUGUGAGAAAUGCGACCUUCCCGUCUGUUCUACCUGCGUCGCCUCUGGUCAACAUGAAGGUCACAAGUUAUCAGAAGUUAUGAAAAAACUCAGCGCUAAAACACAGGAUUUACGAAAAGAUUUGGAAGAACUCGAGACCAGAAUUCACCCCCGAUAUGAAGAAAUUGUCUCCAAUGUCCAAACUGAGAAAGCCCAGAUAGAAACGAAGUACGGGAAACUGACCACAGCUGCCGACCAACAUGGAGAAGUCUUACACCGGGAGAUUACCGCCAUUGUCAACCAACGGAAAUCCGACAUUGCGGAGAUGAAAACUAAACAUCUGGCUGCCUUAAAUAAAAACACAGAUGAAAUCUCACACAGUAUUACUGAACUCAAACAAAUCAUUUUAAAUCUGAAGGCAAUAUUGGAAUCCAAUGACGUCUCCCUAAUCUCUACCUACAAAUCUAGGAAUGCCGAGUUCAGGAAAUUACCACCAAAAGUCCAAGUUACAUUACCAAGUUUGUCAGCUCAGAAAAUAAACACAGAACAGCUCCGUGAAAUGUUUGGUUCUCUGUCGCCAUUAUCCAUUAACACAGAAGAACAAGGCUACACAAUGAAGUCAGCAGAAGCUGUGUCGUCUCCUCCAGUCAAACCACUGCUUGAUGAACCGCGCGUCACCGCCACUAUAGACACUGGGUAUAGCGGACUAUACGGUGUUAGCUGUGUCAGUGAAGAACAAGUAUGGACACACGGGGGUAACGAAACCAUGAAGCUCCUCAACCUCCGGGGUAAACUACUGACAUCAAUACAAACCAAGUCAGGGGACGAACCGCGGGAAAUAACAGUGACACGGGACGGGGAUCUUGUUUAUACUGACGAUUAUGAUAACACUAUAAACCUGGUCAAGAAUAAAAAGAUACAGACCGUGAUCACACUACAGGGGUGGAUACCUCGCGGUGUCUGCCGUACCGCCUCUGAUGAUCUCCUGGUUACCAUGGACAGUGAUGAUGGAAAACAAUCCAAAGUCGUGCGUUACUCCGGCUCCACAGAGAAACAAAGCAUUCAGUUUGAUGAUCAGGGUCGUUCUCUCUAUUCAUCUGCUUGUUACAUCAGUGAAAACAGGAACCUGGAUAUCUGUGUGGUUGACUGGGAUGUUGAUGCAGUAGUGGUGGUUAAUCAGUCAGGAAAACUCCGAUUUAGAUACACUGGUCAUCCCUCUAAUACCGAGCAAUCAUUUGAUCCACGCGGCAUCACUACAGACAGCCAGAGUCACAUCCUGACAGCAGACUGGGACAAUCACCGUAUCCACAUCCUAGAUCAGGACGGACAGUUCCUCCGUUACAUUCACUGUGAUUUACGCGGUCCAUUAGGUUUAUGUGUGGACAUCAGAGACAACCUCUUUGUGGCUGAGUGUGUCACUGCUAAAGUGAAGAAAAUCCAAUAUCUAUAAACACAGUGUUAAUUACACAUCUCAACACAGUGUUAAUUACACAUCUCAACACUGUGUUAAUUACACAUUUAAAAACCAUGUUAAUUACAUCUAUCAACACAGUGAAAAUUACACAUCUAGAAACCAUGUUAAUUACAGAUAUAAACCAGUGUUAAUUACAGUUUUAAAGACAGUGUUAAUUACAGAUGUGUGUCAAUUACAGAAGUGUUUGUGAUGUGUAAUUAACAUGUGUAUUGACAGUAGAUUUGUAUCUUAGAGAACUCUGUUAGAUUGAGUGUUAAUUAUAUCUUUUUAUAUCUGUAUUAUGUUUGAUGUAUAUUUUAUAGAUAAACAGUACUUGGAGUACAGGCUUACAUUAUGACUGAGUACUUAGAUUUGUAUCUUAGAGAACUUUGUUAGAUUGUUUGUUUAAUUAUAUUUUUUUAAUAUCUGUAUUAUGUAGAUAAAGAUUAUUCUGUUUGUUAAUUAUAUCUGUACUAUUUUUCAAUGUAUAUAUCAUAGAUAAACAUUUACUAGAA